AUGCUGAAUUCAGAAGAUGCUUCUUCACCUAAGCAGGACGUGACAUUGCCCGAGAUGCCCGAUCGUCUGAGCCCUCGGGCUGGUGCCGAUUCUGCACACAACAGCGAAUCUACUGAUUGGCAGAGCCAUGCGUCAGAAUGGGAGUCUGCCAGUUUAUCUGAUGACGAGGUCGAUCAUACUACAAAGUGCGACGAAUGCAACUCCCCCAUGGACGGCAACGCUAGUGCCCACGGCACCGCUAAUCUCGACGUUACUGUGACCACUCAUGAAUACAAGACGCUUUUCCGAUCAGCAUCUAUCGAUCAUAGAGGCGUCAAUUGGUAUGCAGCAGUAGGCGAUCCGGAUACCCGAAGGUCUGGUAUGCGCAAGUACACCACAUUCUCAGUUCGGAUAACCGAUUCUUCUGGCCGAGUCACUUCUGCUACCCGUAAGAGAUUCACCGACUUCACUGUGUUGAGGCGUGAGCUCGUUAAAGCAUAUCCUGGAGCGUUCGUGCCUCCUCUGACCUGUGAAAGUCAGAUCAAGGUGAUGAUGAAGACGGCGCCUACAGCGAUGAUGCAGCACAUGAAACAAGUCGACAACGUCACCGAGAUCAGACGCCAAGCACUAGAUGAGUUCCUCAGCAGGUGUUGUUCGCGCCCCUUUAUAAUGUACUCCCCUAUAAUGGCCGCAUUCUUGGCCACUCCUGAGAGCACCUAUGACGCUUUGAAAAGAGAUUUCUCUAACCGGGCUCCUGAGGAAGUACUGGACGAGUACAAGGUGGCGUUCGCAGCGAGGUCCAUCCCAUCAUUCAACAGACGUCUGGUCGGGUCCAGUGGUGAGGUUGAGGGGCUCACAAAAGAUGACUCUUCCGACGACGGUUCUCAUGAGAACUCAACUGGAGGCGUUCACGAUGCCGCUGUUGACAGUUCUAUCAACGUGUCGGAGAUGAUAGCGACUUCGGAAUCAUACCUCGCCGACCAUUGUAAAGUUCUUAAUCAGCUCCGCACAAUGCUGCGAACGGCGGCCUCUAACUUCAAGUGUGCUAACGCAGCCUUGAGUACAAUUCAUUACAAGUUUUCCGAUUGCGAGACCAUCGAUGAGCAGGGUUCCGGCCAUGUUCUGGCUCUUGCACAGGGUCUAUCUGGUACCCCUCAGAGACUCAAUUUGUCUGACGCUUUCUUCGAAGUCAAGAAUAUCAUCAGCGCCCCAGCAGAUGCGGCACACUUCGAUCUGCUGGCCUCUGCCCUGAGUCGCGAACUCACAGACUGUUCGGCUAUGAAGGCCUCUCUCGAGAAGGUGGUCGAACUUGGCAAGCAUCGAGAUAAAGCUAUUGCAAAGCUUCGCUCCGCUAGGAAACAUGGAGGGCCCGGUGGUGUUGGCGGGAUAAUUCGUGGCACCACCAGAGAUCAAGUGAAGCAUGCGGAGAUCAACCGAGUUUUGUACGCUGAUUUCUACUGGACCGCCGGUUACAACGCUGUCAUGAACGAGGUGCCAGCUUUCAUGGAAGGUCGAGCCCGAGUUUUCAACGAGGUUGCUCGAGAAUUCGUCUCGCGAUCUGAAGCGACUAGCAAGAGCUUGGCCGUGACCUGGGCUGGGAAGAUGAAGGAGGCCAUUCUGUAG